AUGGGUCGACACGAUACCGAUCACCACAGGGAUAUGUCAUUUCCCACAGGCGACGACUUCACAAUCGUUCCUCCAGACGACUCAGAAACAGCACGUGGUGAAUACGUCGUCCAGUUUACCGGAAGUGAUGCUGCGACUCCGGGGCCACCUGCUCCCGGUAGCUCCACUCCUUUACCAGCAUCGCCCUCCCCUCCUCGGCCACUGCGCAACCGUCCUGAAAUCCAACAAUCAGAUCCACACGAAAGGCUGCCAUAUAAUCCAAAUAUGCAGGAACAACAUACUCAUCGAUUGGGACAGGGGCAGGGCUCUGGUCGCAAUUUACUGGCCUUGUUUGGGAAUGAUAACGUCCCACGAACCAGAUAUCCACUCCAGGUUGAGCGAGGCAGGAGAGCACGCUAUCACCAUCCAGGGUAUCCGGAGGCCCAAGCAAUCAUUCCAGCAGGACUCUCUCUGGGAGAAAUCUGCAGACUCUACCCCAACCACGUUUGGGGUUCGCUGUUGCGAAUCUACAUGGCCGAAGGAUGGGGUGGACGGCGUAUCUGGAGGUAUCUCCCACUAAACGCUAGAGUGAACACCGGAAACCGGCCCUGGAACAACAUCCAGCAGGCGAUAGGUCGGGAGCUUGACAAAAUGGUUGAAGAGGACGCCGGCGUAAAACGGGUCAUCAUUAAGCGGGGCGGCAGCGGGCCUGGCCCAAAUCCUAAGUCCUCUCCGUCCCCUCCGUCACCACCCCAAGUUGACGAAACGGGGCUCUCGCUCGAUCAGCUCCAGCAGAUUAGUCGACUAGAGGUCUCCAGACAAGAGGGGAUCCUCCAGGAAAUCAUUCAGAUAAGACACCCAAGCCUCAACAACGAUCAACUGCUGGGGCGAGCCAGGCAUGAGUGGCGCAACACACUUGAUCUCUGGUCAAGAGAGUUCAGAAAUGCGUUGGCGGAGGAUUCUGGAGGUCAAGAGAACAUGACUCAAGAUGUCAUCGCCUUGAUAAGGGAGGCCUGGCAGUUCCGAAACGUCCCGCAGGAGUAUGGCACUUUACAGAUCUAUGAGGCCAGAGCUACCUGGGAGGCCUGGCGGCUAUACUUAGCCACCAUCCAGACUUGGACGAAACGGUGGGAGCAGGCCCGGACGCAGGAGCUGGCGACAUGGCCGCGACAGAACUGGAUGCAAAGCGACAACAGCAACAGCCCUGGCCUGGUACCAUGGACUAUGACUGGGAAAUGUAAGGUGGCCGAGAAAAGGAAAAGGACGUGA